CCUAUAUACCUAUAUAAUCGUCCAUACCGUCAAUAUAGACUAAGAACUACGCGUUAGAUAACGUAAUUACUAGUAGAUAACAUACGACACCAAAAAUUUGUUCGUAGAUAGCAUACGACACGUGUGCCAUUGUUUUUUGCACAUAGAUACAUAUGUAUUGUGCGAAAGAAGAAGGUAUAAUUUUCAGUGAUUUCUUAUACCACUAAUGAUUCCACGACAGCCCACUAGGUAGGUAUGGGUACUAUACGUGUUACCUAUAAAGUUCAAAAAAAUUUUGACAGAGAAUAGGUGUAGUAAUUUUUGGCUAUGAUUAAUCAACAUAAUUACGAAGUACGCACAUUGCAUUGCAUUGUAAAUGUUUAUUAUGGUUGUCUUCUAAAGUUCUAACUAGGACGGCAGCACAGUGUAACCGAACGACGGGGCUGACUGACGGAGACGCCGAAUUUGAUGAUAUAAUAUAUGGACGGUGUUGGCACAAACAGCGACGACAGCACGCAAGAGGCGACGGACGGUUAAAUGUUAUAAUUAUUUUAAAAGAAAAGGAAAAAGACAUUCAAUUAGUUUUUUUUUCGGAAAAACUGUUCAUAAGUUUCCAUGAGUCAUAUAAUCAGGCACAAAUUGCCAUAAUAUGACGGUACCACAGGUAGAAGAUGAACAAGAACAUCUUUCAGCAUUGACAGUAGUCGAUGAUUCGAAUUCAGCCGACGUUCCGAAUCUGAAAGGUGAUUGGCAUAACAUUUUUAUAUUGUUAGUACUGUAUACAAUGCAAGGCAUAGCAGGUUUCGGUUUCUACAAAGGAGUGAUGAUACUUAUGCAAACCAACAAACACAUAACAUAUAAAGUCCAGGCUCUUUUUAGUAUAGUUACAUGGCCAUAUAAUUUGAAAAUGAUCUGGGCACCUUUAGUAGAUGCGUUCUGUGUACAAAAAAUGGGAAGACGAAAAUCUUGGCUAAUACCUAUUCAAUAUUUAAUUGGAGGAUGUUUCAUAUAUAUAGGCAAUAAUAUUAACGAAUGGUUGCCAGAAACGGAAAAGCCAGACGUAUUGAAAUUGUUUUACGCGUUUUUAUUCCUUCAAAUCUUGGUAGCCACGCAAGACAUAGUUGUCGACAGUUGGGCACUAACAAUGCUAAAGAAGAAUAACGUGGUGUAUGCAUCAACUUGCAAUGCGGUAGGCGCACCACUGGGCAUAAUGAUGGGCUCCUUUUUUCUCGUUUUGUUUACAUCAGAGAAUUUUUGUAACACGUACUUACGAUUUGCACCGGUUACAGGAGGAAUAGUGACCAAGGAAUAUUUAUUUUACUGUUUGGCCGUUCUUUUAACUUUAAUAACAACAUUGAUUUUGAUCUUCAAAAAAGAAAAAGAAUACAGGUCAGAGGACAACUACAUAAAGCUCAACGUUAUUCAAAAUUACUUACUGAUAUGGGAUAUUUUAAAAAAACCUAGUUUCCGGGUAUUGAUGUUGGCAUUGUUGACAGAGGAGAUUGGAUUUGCUACAACUGUACCAAAUUUAUUGAUUUUGAAACUUAUUGAAACAGGAAUGCCAAAAGACAAUAUUAUGGUAAUAAGUUCAUCAACGUACAUUGUAAACAUUAUUACUCCGAUCAUUAUAUCAAAAUACACUUCGGGACCUAAACCAAUGAGCUUAUUCUUAAAAGUAACACCCUUCAGAUUAAUUGUGAACAUUAUGUUUGUUAUAUUUUUAUAUCAUACAACAAAAUUCCUUGCAACUUAUGGAAAUACAGGUUUUCCAAUAUAUUACUAUGCAGUUUUAGCAUUAAUAUUCAUAAUAAAUAACGUUCUAGGCAUGACUAUGAAAGUGUCUAAAUUUUCUUUAUUCAAUCGUAUAAGUGAUCCUCGUUUUGGUGGUACAUAUAUGGCGUUAUUGUGUACGUUUUAUUAUUUGGGAACGUUUUCAUCGACUUCACUGGCGAUUUCAAUGAUAGAUAUUUUAACAUUUAAAGAAUGUCCAUUAAAUUAUAAUAACAAUUGUUCUACAUCAAAUCAAAACAACACGUGUAAAACAAACGGAAGCAGUUGCGUUGUAACAGUUAACGGCUAUUACGUAGAAUCGGCUCUGUGUAUAUUGUUUGGAAUCGGAUGGUACUAUAUUUUCAGAGGUAUUCUUAAAAAACUCCAAGUUAAGAGCCCUUCCCAUUGGAUGGUCAAUGUAAAAAACAAUAAAAUGAAGAAAAAUAAAACAGCUGAACACACAAUGGUCGAAAACUCAUAGUAAAGGUUAUUAACUUUCUCAUGAAUAAAACUAAAAUUGGUCAACCAAUAAUAGUUUUGCAUUUUAAUAUUUUAGCUUAGUUAAUCCUAGUUUAUUUAUAUUAAAU